AUGCACUCUGGUCCCUACUCUGCAGUGCCAUCCAAGCCCCAGCAGCCCAAAAACCUUCCAAAGCCCCACCAGCCCAAACCUCAGCAGGCCGCCAACCCUUCAAAUCCCCUGCAGUCUUGUCUAGGGUACCGGCCUAAACCCCAGCAGACCAAGGCCAACCAGCCUUCCUACCCUUCAAAUCCUCAGCAGGCUACCAACCCUUCAAAUCCCCUGCAGUCUAGGUACCGGCCAAAACCCCAGCAUCCUGCCUACCCUUCAAAUCCUCAGCAGGCCGAACCCCUGCAAGGGGUGCUCCAAAGUAAAGCUGGCAUGUCGGACAUUCCUUCCGAACAGUCUAGGUACCGGCCAAAACCCCAGCAUCCUGCCUACCCUUCAAAUCCCCUGCAGUCUAGGUACCGGCCAAAACCCCAGCAUCCUGCCUACCAUUCAAAUCCUCAGCAGGCCAAGCCUCAGCAGGCCGAACCCCUGCAAGGGGUGCUCCAAAGUAAAGCUGGCAUGUGGGACAUUCCUUCCGAAGGAAGUGUUGCUUCUGGCUCUAACGUGCAGGACAAGCCCUACCAGCCAGCAUACCCUUUGAAUCCCCAGUGGGCUACCAACCCUUCAAGUUCCCUGCAGUCUAGGUACCGGCCAAAACCCCAGCAGCCUUCCUACCCUUCAAAUCCCCUGCAGUCUAGGUACCGGCCAAAACCCCAGCAUCCUGCCUACCCUUCAAAUCCUCAGCAGGCCGAACCCCUGCAAGGGGUGCUCCAAAGUAAAGCUGGCAUGUGGGACAUUCCUUCCGAAGUAAGUGUUGCUUCUGGCUCUAAUGUGCAGGCCAAGCCCUACCAGCCAGCAUACACUUUGAAUCCCCAGCGGGCUACCAACCAUUCAAAUCCCCUGCAGUCUAGGUACCGGCCAAAACCCCAGCAUCCUGCCUACCCUUCAAAUCCCCUGCAGUCUAGGUACCGGCCAAAACCCCAGCAUCCUGCCUACCCUUCAAAUCCUCAGCAGGCCGAACCCCUGCAAGGGGUGCUCCAAAGUAAAGCUGGCAUGUGGGACAUUCCUUCCGAAGGAAGUGUUGCUUCUGGCUCUAAUGUGCAGGCCAAGCCCUACCAGCCAGCAUACCCUUUGAAUCUCCAGUGGGCUACCAACCCUUCAAGUCCCCUGCAGUCUAGGUACCGGCCAAAACCCCAGCAGCCUUCCUACCCUUCAAAUCCCCUGCAGUCUAGGUACCGGCCAAAACCCCAGCAUCCUGCCUACCCUUCAAAUCCUCAGCAGGCCAAGCCUCAGCAGGCCGAACCCCUGCAAGGGGUGCUCCAAAGUAAAGCUGGCAUGUGGGACAUUCCUUCCGAAGGAAGUGUUGCUUUUGGCUCUAAUGUGCAGGCCAAGCCCUACCAGCCAGCAUACCCUUUGAAUCCCCAGCGGGCUACCAACCCUUCAAGUCCCCUGCAGUCUACGUACCGGCCAAAACCCCAGCAUCCUGCCUACCCUUCAAAUCCUCAGCAGGCCAAGCCUCAGCAGGCUGAACCCCUGCAAGGGGUGCUCCAAAGUAAAGCUGGCAUGUGGGACAUUCCUUCUGAAGGAAGUGUUGCUUCUGGUUCUAAUGUGCAGGCCAAGCCCUACCAGCCAGCAUACCCUUUGAAUCCCCAGCGGGCUACCAACCCUUCAAGUCCCCUGCAGUCUAGGUACCGGCCAAAACCCCAGCAGCCUUCCGACCCUUCAAGUCCCCUUCAGUCUAGGUACCGGCCAAAACCCCAGCAUCCUGCCUACCCUUCAAAUCUUCAGCAGGCCAAGCCUCAGCAGGCCGAACCCCUGCAAGGGGUGCUCCAAAGUAAAGCUGGCAUGUGGGACAUUCCUUCCCAAGGAAGUGUUGCUUCUGGCUCUAAUGUGCAGCCCACUGACUCAAACUCGCACUUGAAUGUUGACCCAAGAAAUUCCAAUGUCAUUCCUGUUCCAGCCCAGGUGGCAACUGGUGCCGGUGUAGAACAGACAUCAUUGACCUUCCUAACUGUUCCUGUACUUGCCUGGAAGCAGUCUGAACUGGCAUCAACUUUGAAUUUAAUAAAAUAAUUGGAACACACA